UACAAAUCUGAAUUUUAAGUUUCAACCCUUUCUUCUGUUACUGUGCUUAGAGACUCAGAAUCCCUUUCUUCUUCAUCUUCUUCUUCUUCUUCUCAAAGGCAAUCUCAUUCUCAUUGCUUCUAUCUGUAGCAAAGACCUUCAAUGCCACACUUUUCAACGCUCCCAAUUUUCAAAUCCAUUUUCUAGGUACUGUAUUGUCUCAAUUUCCUCAUUCUUCUCAAUUCAUCCUCCAUUCUGCAUAAUCAUUCCCUUUUGAAGACAUCCCAACUUCGUGAUGAUAUCUUUCUGAGCUUAAUCUAGCUGUAUCAGAUCUUGGGUUUCUCGUUAAACUUCGAGUGAAUCUUGAACUCCAAUGAAAUAAUCUUUGUUUUUUAGUUUUUUCAUUCAUAAGCCCGCCCCCAAAAUGGAGAUUUCGACUGGAGGUUGUUCUCCCAGAAUCAGGUCUGAUUACCCCAGGAAGGAGGGAUCCGAGGGAACCCCUGUUAAGCAGUUUGAACUCUCUGGUCGUGAUCGCAAUUAUGAAAUGCAAUCAAUGAAUGCUUUGGAUAUUCUCAGAGAAACUGUUAGGAUUCUUAGGUUCGAUUCAUGGGGUUUCAUUGCAAUCGCUGUUAUGCUUAUUUGUCCUGUUUCUGCUGUGCUUUUGUCCAAUGUGAUAGUGGAUGUGUCUAUUGUGAAGAAUCUAUCUAUUAGGCUUAUGUUGGUUGCCCAAGCUAGUGGUCUUCCUCUGAGACCAAUUAUCAAACAGUCCUGUCAGCGAUUUGCAGAGACCGUGGUUUCUUCAGCCGUGUGCUUUCCUUUGUAUGCUACAUUGUUGUUAUUGUCCAAAGCUGGUGUUGUCUAUACCGUAGAUUGUACUUAUUGCAGAAAGAGGUUUGAUGCUUCCAAGUUUUGUGUGAUUGUUUCUAAGAUUUGGAGGAAGAUCCUCUUCACAUAUCUGUGGGGCUGUGCGCUUGUGGUUGGUUGCAUCACCUUGUUCUGUGUUUUCCUUGUUGCGUUCUGCAGUGCAUUAGCUGUUCUUGGGUUUUCCCCUGAUAUUGUUGUGUACUGUGCAAUGCUGGUUGGGUUGGUUUUCUCUGUCGUCUUUGCCAAUGCCAUAAUCAUCUGUAACAUUUCGAUAGUGAUCUCUGUGUUGGAGGAUGUUUCGGGAGCGCAGGCAAUGCUGCGGUCUAGUAUUUUGAUCAAGGGUCAGACACAGGUUGGUCUACUGAUAUUUCUUGGAUCGACUAUAGGGAUGGCCUUUGUGGAGGGCUUGUUUGAGCACAGAGUAAAGACAUUGAGCUAUGGUGAUGGAUCUUCAAGGGUGUGGGAAGGGCCACUCUUGGUGGUGAUGUAUUCAUUUGUAGUGCUUAUAGAUUCCAUGAUGAGUGCAGUUUUCUAUUUCAGUUGCAGAUCUUCUAGCCUGGAGGUCUCAGAUAGCGAAGGCAACUCAAUUUUAGAAACUAUGACCAUUUCUGCUGAAUCAAUGGGAAUUCAAUGACAUUGUCAGCAUGGUAUUGAUUGUGCCAAUUGAAUGAAUAAGAAGAAGAGGGAAGCUGUAAGCGUUUGUUCCCUGAAAACUGGGUUGCUAUUGAGGAA